GGCAGGAAGAACGUUGGAUUAAAAUUGAAAUUGCACCUUCAGACGAUUUGCAAGAGGGAGGGAUACCUUCCUGCAGAAUGGGUUACGAAAUCUGCCUUGGACAACUCCAAGGACUUAAACACUACUGUGACUUAAAGAAUAAAUUUGUCUACUGGAAAGAUGAAAAACAACCUAAUUCUAAUGGAAUCUGUGCUGAAAUCCGAAAUCUGGAAGCAUGUGCAGAGAAAAUCAAAGUAUGAAAAUUUGCAAAUGUUUGAGUAGGGCUGGCCGUGUGUUCCUCUUGCCAAAAUUUCCUUUUUAUUCCUCUUGUGCCGGCAGUUACUCAAUCAUGGGUAGUUUGUUGGAGUAGUGGGACACCUCACCUUUUGACCUAGUCUAAUCCCCUUCCAGAUUUUGCCACCUGUACUAUAUCAGAUAAAAUCCCCUUUUUAACUGUGAUCUUCCCCUAUUUUCCAGCUGCCAUUAUCUCUUUCUGUUUCAAGAAGAUAAUUACUCCAUAAAACAUUAUCUUUACC